AUGCAGCGCAAGAGGCACCAUCCGCUCGCCGGUAUUGAAGAGCCGCUGUCCGUCUCCAAACGGGCGCGCCUCACCGCAUCACAUUGCAAUGACUCGAACACAGAUACCGAAAGCGAGCCCACCUUCGCAGCCGACGAUAUUCUCUCGUCUCUUUCUGAUGAACUUCUCGUACGCAUACUGUCGUUUUUACCGACCUCGAAUCUUCUAGGGAUAGCACCCGUGUCCCGCCGUUUCUACCGCCUUUCCUCCGACUCCCAAUUAUGGCGGACACUAUACUAUCACCGAUUUGUCCUGCCUCGCGCAUUGCGAAUACCCGGGUUCCGCGACGGAUCUACUCGAGAAAGAACACGAAUAAACUACUCUGCCAGGCGAACGCUCUGGGCUGACGGUGGCUGGGGCCGAAGAUGCGGCUCCGAAGCGGCCGUAGACUGGAAGCGUCAGUACAGAUUGCGUCACAACUGGGCCAGCGGGAAUGCCUCAGUCGAAGAGCUCAAGGUCGGAGAAGCCUCCUCUUCUUUAUCGGAGCCGCGGAAGACGCUCGUGAAGGUGGUGGAAGGCAUUGCCAUAACCGCAGACGGCGUUCAUGGCCUACGGGCGUGGGAUCUCAAAACUAGAGAACCCGUUGCCCAGAUUGGGCUCAGGGACGGAACCGACGAGACAACACCGACAUGCCUGGCCGUAGACGAUCAACCUUUCGAACACAAGGAGCUCGAUGUCUCGGUCGGUUUCCUAGACGGCAGUUUUGGUGCCUGGAGGCUUGAUGUCGAAGAUGGCAGGUUUCUCCGGCGGUACAAGCACGAAAAGUCCAGUAACGGCCAGCUGGCUGAGAUCGCCUACCGCCAUCCAUUUGUCUUGACUGCAACAGAAAAAUUUCUCGUGUCUUUGUACCACUUUCAGUCGCCGGCAUCGACGCCCUCCUCAUCGUUUUCCGGACAACACAAGGAGACGACUGCUUCCGAAGAAAGUGAAACGGAUGCUGGCUCGGAAAGUGCGACUCUACAGGAAUCAGACAGCGAUAUUGAAGAGAUUCUAUAUGUCGGGGCUGCGAAGAAGAGAUCCGGUCGAGCCAGUCUGCAAGCCGCUGCCUCACUGCCUGCCCCGAUCCUGCUGACGUCUCUCAAAUCGCAUACCUCGGGAGCGCCGUUGGCCUUGUCGAUUCGUCAAAUGGCUUCGUAUGUGAUUGCAUCCAUCGCAUACACGUUCUCCACUUUGGAGGGAUGGUCUAUCGGCAUCCAGGAUCUUCAAGUCAGGUGUCAAGGCGCAGGUGGGCAGAAUUCGUCGUCGGUUGUGUCGACUCGGCUGGCCUUCACCGAACCUGUCAAGGCUCCAUGUUCAGUCUCUUCGGCGCCUUUAAAGACCCCUCAACAAUCACACGCCUCUGCGCAAAUAUCUGACGGCCCCAAGACACUCUGUUAUAACCACCCAUAUAUUCUCACCGCGAUGGCGGACAACACCUUGGUUCUACAUGUUUGUACGUCAAAUGCGACAAAGCUGAACCUUUCCCCAGGCAUCCGCCUGUGGGGCCACACGUCAGGCAUCGGCGACGCAGAAAUCACUGCCAGGGGCAAGGCCGUGAGCGUCAGCUGUCGGGGCGAAGAAAUUCGGGUCUGGGAGCUUGAAGGACGCGUCAGUGGCAAAAGCAUCGCGAUACAGCCAAAUUUGACUGCAGACGAGCCCGACGAGACGUUGCCUCGAUGGGAUGAUCGGCGAAACUGGGUGGGCUUCGAUGAUGAAAUGGUCAUCGUAUUGAAAGAAACGAAGGAUGGCAGAGAGAGCCUCGUGGUGUACGACUUCUCAUGA